AUGGGCGUCGCAGACCUUGCUGCCGUUCGCUUUUCGCUGCCCUCUCAGCUUCUCGAGCCGACCCCGAACCUCGAGUACUGGACCUACCUCGAUGCACCCAACGCCUUUGUCGCCAUCGGCACCGCCGACGAGCCCCUCGACCGCAUGCUCGAGGUGUGCCGCUUCUGGUUCACCAAAGACCUCAAAUACGUCAAGGGCAGGCCCUGCAAGCCCUACAACUCGUGCCUCGGCGAGUUCUUCCGCUGCAACUGGGAAACCGAGGACAAUGCGCCCAAGAUCAAUACAACCGCCCUCAAGGGUCCCACGAGCGGCAAUGCCAGCAGCGCCUCGAGCAUCCGCUCCGUCAAGGCUGACAAGAAUGCCUCUACAAAUUCCCUCUCGCUGACCGUCCCAAAACACAGUCUGGCCACCCCCGACGGCCGCCCCGUCCGCAUCUCGUACCUGACCGAGCAGACGUCCCACCACCCACCCGUCAGUGCAUACGCCGUCAUCUGCCCAGACCGCGGUCUCUCCGCGCGCGGCUUUGAUCAGAUCUCCGCCAAGUUCACCGGCACCAGCGUCCGCGUCCUGCCCGGCGAGCACAAUCUCGGCAUCUUCAUCGACAUUGAGAAGCGCGGCAACGAGACGUACCAGCUCACCCACCCGGCCGCCUCGCUCGGCGGCAUCCUGCGAGGCACGCUGAGCGUCAGCGUCAGCGAGAUGGCCUACAUCACCUGCCCCAAGACGAAGCUCAAGACCAUCCUGCACUACAUCGAGGCGGGCUGGCUCGGCAGGUCGACGAACCGCGUCGAGGGCAUCAUCUUCCGCUACGACCCGGAGAAUGACAACAAGACGACAAUCAAGGAUGUGCCAGAAGCGGACAUUGUGGCACGUCUCGGCGGGCCGUGGAGGGAAAAGAUUGAGUUCACCCUCGGACCCAAGCCUAUCGACUCACACCCGCCCGAGGCGCGCUUCACCAUCAUCGACCUCCUCCCACUCAACGUGGCCCCCAAAGUCGUGCCCCCCGCCGACAAGCAGCAAGAGUACGAGUCGCUCUCGCUCUGGGGCGGCGUCACCGAGGCCAUCCACGCCAAGCAAUUUGGCAAAGCGACGCAGGUCAAGCAGGAGCUCGAGGAGAGGCAGCGCGAGAAGGCGCGCGAGCGCGAGGCUGCCGGCACGACCUGGCAGCCCGUCUUUUUCCAGCAGGUCACGGGCAACGGGGGCCAGCCGGUGCUCACGGACAAGGGCAGGGAGGUGCUGAAGCGGGCGCAGCAGGCCGAAUGGAACAUUGACGAUGUCGUCGGCACCGCUCCGGCUGCCGCCUGAAGGGAGAAUGAAUCUGUUCCAGCGUGUUUGGGUUUGAUGCAUGAGGGGUUAGCGGGGACGAGUGAGUGCGGACGAGAGGAUUAUGAGCUCACGGCCUUUCGUUUUCUGCUCUUCUCUCUCUCUUUUUUUUUCCUUGCUUGUUAGGGGAUGUUC